GGGGUGGUGGAUUGUCCGUCUGUCUGUGUCUGCCCCAGGCAUCCAUGGUCUAGCUUAUCGAUAAGCAGCUGAUAAGAUUUCUCAACCAGCUUUUUUUCUCUCCGCAUCUCCAUCUCCAUCUCCAUCUCUUCCUCAUUCCUAUCCCUCUAUUUAAUAUACUACUCCGUCCACACCACCCUACCCAACGCACCAGCGGACACAUCAACAAUGUCCGAACUCCCCCUCUCCGACCUCUGCUCGAUCUGCCACAUCCAACCCCCCAAAUACCGCUGUCCACGAUGCAACACCCGAACAUGCUCUCUCCCCUGCACACGUCGCCACAAACUCUGGUCCCAAUGUUCCGGCAUCCGCGACCCAGCGGCCUACCUCCGACGGAACGAACUUGCCACGGAAGCUGCCUUCGAUCGAGACUUUAACUUCAUUACCGGGAUUGAGCGCUCGAUUGAGCGGGCGGGACGCGACGCAGAGAAUAGAGGGAUUAAUGUGGGCGAGAAGGCUGGGUAUGCUCCUGGGAAUGGGGGGAAUGGGAAUGGGAAGAGGAAGAGGGGGCAGGGUGGUGGUGGUGGUGGUGUGACAAAGGGGGAAAUGGGGUUCAUGAGACGGGUGGAGAGCGCGGGGGUCAAGGUUGUUAGAGCGCCAAAGGGGAUGAGUCGGAAUAGGAGUAAUGGGUCGAGGUGGUUGGCUAAGAACCAGUGUUUGAUUUGGACGGUCGAGUGGAUCAUGGGCGAUGGGGAGAAGAAGAUGAGGAAUUGUACCGAGACGUCGACUAUUGCGGAUUCUCAUGAUCGAGUGCUUCCUCGGCCAAAGGAGGAUAAUGCAGAGCAGACGCAGACGGGAGAGAAGCCAGAGCAGGAACUUGAGCCCUCUCCGGAUGCAGCACAGGAUCCAGCAUCGACUACGGAUAAUACACCCCAGCCGACAAACGCGCCAGACAUUCCAGACACUCAGCCAGAGACUACAGAUACACUACAACCCACUCCGCACCGCGACGUCUAUUUCUACCUCCAUCGUCCGCGGACCACUACAAAGCAACCCGUUCUGAUCCCCCUGUCCCCGAAAAUGUCCAUCACAGCCGCCCUACGUGGUCACACCGUCUUGGAGUUCCCUACAAUCUACGCCCUGCCAGACUCGCCGGAUACUCUACAGGCACAGGAAGACCCCAAGUAUCUGCUCGAGGAAGACUACCUCCGCACGCACCAGUCUCCAGACGACACCAGCGAAGAUGCCGCCGAAGAGGACACCCAAUUACCCCCCGGUGCCAUCGACCUAGGCGGCGUCGACGAAAAAAAGGUGCUGGAAGUGCUCCAGAAGGAUCUGUUCGAACCUUCGGCCGCGGCAUAGACAAUCUAUAUGACUGCGGCAGCAUGCAGUCAUGACGGGAUACUUGUACAUUUACCUUUUGCUCAUAAUUCUAAC